AUUGUGGCUAUGGGUGUCAGAAGUACCUGGUGCGGCUAUUGACUUAUCUGCCUGGAGCUACAAUAUCUAAGGCUCCAGUGACACCACAGUUACUGUAUGAAACCGGCAAGACAGCAGCCAGAAUGGACAAAAUCCUAAAAGAGCUGGAGCACCCUCAUUUGGGUUUACUGCAGAGAGAGACUUUCAUUUGGAGUCUGUCAUUGGUUCCCCUCCUGGAAAAAUACACCCACGUGUUGGAUGGAGAUCCUCUACAGGAAGUUGUGAAGUCUGUUAUUCAUCAGUUUAAAACCUCUGUGGUCCCCAAACGCUCUACUUUUCGCAAGUGCAUUAACCACGGUGACUUCAAUGACCUCAAUAUUCUUGUCCAACCUGAUGAGACUGACGGCUACAGGAUUUCUGGCAUCCUUGACUUUGGAGACAUGAACAGUGGCUACUACAUCCAUGAGCUGGCCAUCGUUAUAAUGUACAUGAUGAUAGAGCACCCUAAUCCCAUCGAGGUGGGUGGACAUGUCCUGGCGGGUUGGGAAAGUGUCCUUCCCCUGAACGAGGCAGAGAAAGACUGUCUCUUUGUGCUGGUGCUGUGCCGCUUCUGCCAGUCGUUGGUUUUAGCUCGUUACUCAGUGACCUUGUACCCAGAAAAUGCAGAGUAUCUGAUGAUUACCUCCAUUAAGGGCGUCAAGAUUCUCCAUCAAAUGUGGGAGCUCGGAAAGGAGCAGGUGGAGAAGGUGUGGUUUCAGAGUGCUGCUCAGAUCGGUGACAGAAAGUGAGAGGUAUUUAGGGAAAGCCAUUGCAUUUAAAGAGACACACACACCAAAACAGAGCGUUCUGAGAGAGCUGGUUUAUACAAGGUCACAAACUUCCU